UUCUAUUUGAAAACUCUUCCCAUCAUUUUCUUGGGAAAUCUUAGUUAGCCCCUUCUCUUUCCAUGCUCUCUUAAUCUUUUCUCUCUCUCUCACACACACACAUAUAUAUACAUAUAUAUUUAUAUUCUUCAAUGGGUUUCCAGCCAACAACUGCUACCAUCUAACAUUUAUAUAUAUAGAUAUAUUGAAGAGGCAGAGGCAGAGGCAGAGGAGGAGACAAGCUCUUAAAAGCAACCAUGGAAAGAAAUCCUCUUGUAUUUCUUAUGAUUGUAGGAUUCGCUAAUUUGAUAUUUAUUCAUGUUUAUGGAGAGGAUUCUCAAGAGGGUCUUCUUCUGGAUGGUCGUUAUAGAGAACAAAUACGAAAAAUGCAAGCUUUUAAGGCCUCAUUUGUGCGACAUGAUUCGGUUCCCUCAACCUCUCCUUCCCCAAACCUAGCCCCAGCACCAGCACCUCGGAGUGCGAUUAGGCCACAUGAAUAUCGUGUGACAUCAUAUGGAGCAGAUCCUACAGGAGAAACAGACAGCACUGAAGCACUUAUGAAGGCAGUAGCAGACGCAUUUGGUGGUCCAAAAGUUGGGUUCUUGAUGGAAGGCAUCAGUAAUCUUGGAGGUGCACGGAUCAAUCUUGAAGGUGGCAAUUACAUGAUUAGACGGCCCCUCCGAAUGCCAGAGGCCGGAACUGGGAAUUUUGUGAUUCAUGGAGGGACAAUACGAGCAUCGGAUGAUUUUCCAACAGAUGGGUAUUUGAUUGAUUUGUCAGCUUCCUCAGGUAGCCAAAAUGAAGAAAGUAAAGCUAGCAAUAACACUGAUGCACAACUUUCCUCCUCUUCCCCGUAUAACUACGAGUACGUAACCCUCAAAGACCUCAUGUUGGACUGCAACCACAGAGGUGGAGGCAUUAGUAUCAUAAACUCACUUAGGACUAGCAUAGACAACUGUUACAUUGCCCAUUUCACUUCCAAUGGAAUUUUAGUCCAAGGAGGUCAUGAAGCCUACAUCAGAAACUCCUUCCUAGGCCAACAAAUCACCGCUGGCGGUGAUAAAGGCGAAAGAAACUUCUCUGGUACCGCAAUUAACUUAAUGGGAAACGACAAUGCUGUCACGGAUGUGGUGAUAUUUUCUGCUGCUGUAGGUGUGAUGAUUUCAGGGCAGGCUAACACACUUUCUGGUGUACAUUGCUAUAAUAAAGCUACUGGGUUUGGUGGUACUGGUAUUUAUCUGAAGCUGCCUGGUUUGACACAAACCCGGAUUGUGAAUUGUUACAUGGACUACACUGGUAUUGUUGCGGAAGACCCGGUUCAGCUUCAUAUCUCUAGCAGCUUUUUCCUUGGGGAUGCAUUCAUCCUCUUGAAAUCAAUAAAUGGGGUUGCGAAAGGUGUCAAUAUUGUUGAUAACAUGUUUUGUGGCUACAAUAAGGGGAUUGAAAUUGUUCAAUUGGAUGAAUCCAAAGGGCCUUUCAAGCAAAUUGAUCAAGUUGUGAUUGAUAGGAACAAUGUGAGGGGGAUGAACAUGAAAUCAACUGCAGCCAGGGGUUCACUACAAGCAAAUGGGAGCUCAUGGACCAUUGAUUUUAGUCCUAUCCUAUUAUUCCCCAACCUCAUUAACCAUGUCCAGUACACAUUUAGCUCAAAUGGCAGCGGUUUAUUCCCUAACCACGCCUUGAGGAAUGUGUCUCAAAAUCGGGUUCUGAUCGAGUCGGAUGUUGCAGUACCUGCAACUGUCUUUGUUACUGUUGAUCAAGGGGUAGCAAGCUGAGGAUCUGUAAUUGUGAAUAGAGUUGAGCAGUGUGAACUCUACUAACGAUCGAGUCCUUCAUUGAAUCAUUGUUCAUUGUUAUACGCUAUGGCAGAUGCCAUUCGUUGAAUCAUUGUUCAUUGUUAUACGCUAUGGCAGAUGCCAUUUUUGGAAGAUAUUUUGUAACAUGGAAAAUUCAAUACAAAUAAGUAAAAUAUACACAUGAUUUUCA